CCAACAUCCUUCAGCAAGAACACCAUCCAACCUGACGCGGACGCAGUGACGUCUCGGCGUCAUCACACGUCCGAAUCACGCCUAUUGACUGACGCGCUUAGCAACAAUCCGCUCGACAUGUCCACUCCUCGAGGAGGCGGAAGAGGGAGCAAUCGGGCGUCCGGCACGCCUCAACCCGUCGAAGGCUCACGAGGAUUGAGAUCCGGCACCCCCUCUCACUCGACAGCGGGAGCCUCAGCCGGACCUUCUGCAGAUGUGGCGGCCGACAGGAAGAGGGAGAGGUCUCCGGAACCUAAUGAAGAGCUGGACAUGACGGACGCGGCAACCAAUGCUUGGCUCGUUAGAGUCCCCCGUUUUCUAAAGGAGGCGUGGGCCGGUGUGGAUCAGGACGACGUCAACCUGGGCUUUGUCAGAGUGUACGAUGCCGAUCAUCGUGGACAUCAACGCAUGGAACUGCAUCUGCCAGAGACAAAAGGGCCUUCGGUCCCAGGCGUGCCAGCAUCAUCAGACUUUCCGAGGCGCUUUGAUUUGCGAAUGGCUGUCGAUCAUGCCACUGGUCAGGUGCGAAGCACUCGAAAUACGUGGGCUUUCAAGGAGUGGGAAGAGGAAGGAGAUGCGUAUGACAGCGAUGAGGAUAUCCUAGACAGUCAUGGAGAUUUAGUGCAGCUCACAGGAGAAGGGAGGAGGACACGCAGGCGCACAGCUGUCACGGGCACGGUAACGAAUGAGGUCCACGCGACGCCUCAAGCCAGAGCAGCACCAGCUGCCUCUAGCUCAAAGUACAAUACUGCAUCCAGCGGCAUGACUCCCGAGUAUCGAGCGCUGCUCAAAAAACGAAAGGAGGCGAGCAAGACCCAAGACAGGACGCAAAUGCUUGACGAGACCGACACGGCUCGGAACAACAUGCUGGCCGCGGGUGUGCAAGGCUUUGGCACACGCAAUCCCGCUAACUUUGUGACUGUCGCUGCAAAGCCGACAUCGACGGACAAAUUCGCUCGUCUGCCGCGCAACGAGCUGCUGGAUAUGCUCAUGCAAGCGUUCGAAAAGUACAAGUACUGGUCCACAAAGGGAUUGCGAGAGCACACGAAGCAGCCCGAGAUCUACCUCAAGGAAGUCUUGUCUACCGUUGCCGACUUUCACAAGCGUGGACCUUACGCCAAGAAUUGGUCUCUGAAGCCCGAGUAUGCGAAUGUCAGACCACAGACCACUGCUCAAGCGUCUUCGAGCACUGCUGCUGCCGCUGUUACAUCUGGUGGAUGGGGUCUUUCGCCGGGCGAUUUGGCUGCUCAGACAUCCCACAAUAAUGAGCCGGGUGGACUGAGCGGCGAAGAAGGCAACAAUGAUUCGGAGGACGACGGUGAAGACUUCGAGGACAUCGUUUGAGAGAAAGCCGUGUCAUCAAACGCAAUGCCGACUACAUGUCCUGUGAAUCGACUCGUGAAGGGCUGCCAAUUGCUGUGCGAUGAUGGUUGCUGUGUUGUU